GGCAGGGUGGAGCUGAAGGCGGGAUGCUCUGAGGUGGGGGAGAGGCGCACCGUUCGGCUAUUGGACCAGAAGAGGACCGAGAGUCCGCCGGAGACUUUUAGCUGGGUUUUCCACCGGGGACCAGAACCACCUGUCGGGUUAGACGUCCAGCGGCUCCGAGGAGGAGGCUGCUCUUUAAUCAACAUGGACGCUGUAGUGUAGCUCUGAUAAAGCUGCUCGGAAAGUUCGACUUGUUUUAAUUUGUCUAGUUUGUCACGGUUUUUGUUUUUGUUUUUAUUACUCCGAGCCGUAUGAGUUCGCCGCUGGUUUUGGGCCAACUGGUGGGGGUGUCGUUAGAGAUGAAGCCCCCCGUGACGGAGAGAGACACAACUUAUACCAAGCUGUUCGUCGGCGGGCUGCCGUACCACACCAGCGACGAGUCGCUCCGGAAGCACUUCCAGACCUACGGGGACAUCGACGAGGCGGUGGUGAUCACUGACCGGCAGACAGGGAAGUCCCGAGGAUACGGUUUCGUGACCAUGGUGGACCGGGGAGCGGCAGAGCGAGCGUGCAAAGACACAAACCCCAUCAUCGACGGCAGGAAGGCCAACGUGAACCUGGCGUUCCUCGGGGCGAAGCCUCGCAGCUCGCAUGCACCUCUCUCUGUUGGAGUUCAGCAGGUCCAGCCUACGUGGGCUCAGAGGCAGCACGGGUUCACACAGCAUUACAUCUACCCCCAGACGUUCCUGCAUCCCAGCCUCCUGCUACAGUCUCCCCUCAGCCCUGCGGCGGCGGCGGCAGCUCUCACCUCCCCUUACCUGGACUACAGCUACAUCCCCUACGCCCCCUCAGGACUGGAGCAGUACCCUUACGCCCCUUCACCCUCGCCUUCCACCGGCUACCUCAGCUACAGCUUCCCCCCCGGCACGCCGACACCCGCUCUCACCGCCUCCCCAACCCCGCCAGCCGCCAUCCACCCUCCUCUGGCUGCUCUGACCGCCAUGUCGGCCACACCGCAGGGCUUCCUCCACUACCCCCUGCCCCCGCCCGACCGGCUGCAGUGAGCAGAGGAGCAGCACACACGAUGUUAAACAGCCUGACUGUUCGUCGACGAAGAUGUUAGCAAAGAAGGAUGAAGUCAAAAAAGGGCUUUUUGAGAUUUCUCCUGUUCCAGUUUUUUAUGAUAUUGUUGUAACAUAAGAAUCAUGUUCUAUUGUUGUUAACAUACGCUGAAUGUUUUUCAGAACUGGUCAGGGAUCAGAAAAAGCUGACUGUUUCUCUCUCUUAAAGAGAGAGUUCAGAUCUUUUAAAGUGUGCUUCUGUCGAACAGUUACAAACAAUUAUAAUCCAAACUGUUGUGGAGAGCUCUUUGAACAGCCUCAGAUUGGAGAAAAAGAGUUUAAUUCUGACCAGAGUGGAUUACUGCCUUCUUAAAACAACUCCAGUCUCAUUAAGACCAUAGUUAUUUGCACUAAAAUUGAACUGCAGUAAACUAAAUACCUGGAAUAAACUGUAGGUAUUGGUAUUUUUACAUGCUUAAAAAGGAAACGGCCAAACCCCUUUUAAAAACAAUUCAGUUUAGUUCGUAAUUUGUAUUAUUUUUACUUUCCAAUUGUCAUUAGAAAUUUCAUUAUUUAUUUCCAUGUUUGCUUUGGCUCCAGACUUCUUGCAGAGGGACCACAAAGUUGCAGACCCCGGGUCUAGCUUUUUAACUCGUCAGUCCGGUCAGAAUUAAACUCUUGUUUCUCCAAACUGAGGGUAUUCAACAAACUAUUUACAGCUGCUUGUUGAUUCGUUGUUCCUAAACUUUCUCCAGAACCCCACUUCACAGGAUUUUUAACAGCACUUCUUUAAAGAUUCAAACUUUCAGAGGAAUUGUGGAGAAAGGCUGAGAAAUCCGUCUCUUUGACACCGUGCUGCAGCUGCAGUUUCUCUGGACUUGGGCCGAGAUGACAGACAGUUUCUCUUUGUGAAACAGAGGUGCAAUUACCUCGUCUUCAAGGUCACCUUUUGUUUUUAACGGCCUUACUGAUAUAUCUCUGUACCUGGCUGGUCUUUUUUUUAUUUAGUCACGUCAGGUGUAAAACCUGUUUAUUGUCUUCUUUUUUCUUGUUUAUACACACUUGGAAGUUAUAAUGCAAGGAUUAUCACAGAAUCUGAUUACUAAAGAUUAACAUGGCAAAGGUAGGCAACACUGGAAGCUUUCGUAUCUGUUGUUCGACGAAGAACUCCGUCAACUCGAACAGCACAAUAUUUAUCCCAUGAAACUCCUGCUUUUUAGGCCUAACUGGUCAUUUUUGGACCAAGAUGAGUAUCUUUGAGGUUGUCAGAUGCUUUCAUUUUUAUUUACACAAAUCAAGUAAAUGUGUUAGCGUGUGUGAGUGAGAAAUCUAGUGAUGCAGCGUCAGAAUGAAUGGUCUUUUCUAAACACCUGUACUAUUUUCUUAUUUUUUACCAAACUGAGUCAUAUUAAAAGGAGGAAAUUACCAGUGCUGAAUCAGCACCGACCUCACUGACCUUAAAUCAAGCCAUGCAUCCCAUUUUAAACAUAUAUGCAAAAUAAACAGACUAUUUCAAAAUCUUUUUAUUAUUAUUGCAUUUCAGUCACUGGGUAAUAUUUCUGAAAUGUAAUUACUGUAACAGAGUCAAGCCACAGCCUUUUCUUUAUUUAACUGAGACACAUCUGACUGAGUAAAGGCUUCAAAAUAAUUCAAACACAAUGCUAUUUCUAUACAAUUAUUUGUAUUCCUGRUCAGUUUGGCAUUGUUUGUYAUCAGUCUCAUGUUUGUACGGUUCACAAAGCUCCGCGGCUGGUAWAGCCAACYUAAUUAAUGCUUUUUUCUGUCCGUUGGUGCAUCUGUGUCMGAAAAAAACUGACAAAUAAAAAUGUCAAGCUGUGGGUUUUACACGAGGUUACAGUACAUGCCACAACCAGGAGGAGCAAUGUGUUUCAGUGCAUGCUGCUUACCAAGAAACCACUCCUAGAUGGCAGAUUUUACACAUCCUGUUUUUGUACAACUUUAAUAAUUGGUUAUUAUUAUAUUUGAGAGGAUUCAGUUACAUGUGAAGUCUUUACUACUAUAAUAUUUAUUUAUUUAACCAGAUAAAUCCUUUUAAGAUCUUUUGCAUGUGAGGCCUGUGCCUGAAGACAAAUAAACGUGUGUUUUAAGACUGCAGGAAGAAACUGGAGAAAACCCAGGCAAACAGUGGAAAAUGUAAAGUCCACACAGAAAGACUCCAGGUAUGAACCYGGUAUCAAACCAAGGACAUUUUCACUGUGAAGCAACAGGGUUAACCAGGUGGUUCUGUCAAAAUACUCUAUACUAUUUCCCAAUCUGGCAUUAUUUUCUAUAAAAGUAUAUUAUGAUCACUGA